UUCACAUUUAGAAAAACCCAUCCCUCUUUCUGUCUGCCUCGCACGCAUCUAUCACUCGCCCAAGACUUGUUCUCUGUUCUAGGGUUAGGGUUUUGUGAUUUCAGUGUUGAUUCGGGAAAAUGAGUUCUAAAGAAGCUGGUUCGACGAAGGGAGGCAGGGGCAAACCGAAGGCCUCCAAGUCUGUAUCGAGGUCUCAUAAAGCGGGGCUCCAGUUUCCGGUGGGUAGGAUCGCCCGAUUUCUUAAGGCUGGCAAGUACGCCGAGCGGGUUGGUGCUGGCGCACCUGUAUAUCUCUCCGCCGUGCUCGAAUAUCUUGCUGCAGAGGUAUUGGAGCUUGCUGGAAAUGCUGCAAGGGAUAACAAGAAGAACCGUAUUGUGCCAAGGCACAUCCAACUAGCUGUGAGGAACGACGAAGAGCUAAGCAAGCUAUUGGGGUCUGUGACCAUUGCUAAUGGAGGAGUGUUGCCAAACAUCCACCAAACUCUUUUGCCGAAGAAGGUGGGCAAAGGCAAGGGCGAUAUUGGAUCUGCCUCUCAGGAGUUCUAGAGGGUUGUCUCUCUUCUGUGGAGUUUAUGAGUAGUUACUGCAGUUGUACUAUAUGAAGUUGUUUUUUAAUUUUUUGGGAUAGAGCUUGAUCUAUUGGUACUUGGAAUUGGUAUGCUAUAAAUGAAAGUUUGUGUUAGGAUUUUCUCAACUAAAUCCCCUUUUCAAGUUCUUUUGUUCUCCAAAACCAUCUGGGGAUGUUUAGAUAUUACUUGUGCCGCUGGGUAUUUGAUGCAUUAGGGUUUGAUUUCACUUCAUGAGGUGAAAGAGUUUUAGAUCAACUAUCUCAAAUCAAGUUCAAAAAAUGAGGCAUAUUGUUUUUCGUU